UCUAUCGCAGACCCCAACCCGGAGCGCGCCCCGAGAAGCCGACGCGAUCGACCCCGGAACGCCUCUCGGAUUCUUUAUUGCUGAUCAGCCUUCCACCACUGGGAUCUUCAGGGUCACGCGUGCCGCCCCCUCCUCCAGCCCCCAAGCGCCGGGAGAAAGGAACGCGAAUUCGGGGAGUUCCCGCCCCGGCCCUGUGGACGCGGCGAGGAUUGGCGGCACCCCGCGGACCCCAGCCCCCCCAGCGCGCGCCGGGGAUGGAGCCGCAGCCCGGCGGCGCCCGGAGCUGCCGGCGCGGUGCCCCCGGCGGCGCCUGCGAGCUGGGCCCUGCGGCCGAGGCGGCGCCCAUGAGCCUGGCCAUCCACAGCACGACCGGGACCCGUUACGACUUGUCGGUGCCGCCGGACGAGACAGUGGAAGGGCUGCGCAAACGGCUGUCCCAGCGACUCAAAGUGCCCAAGGAGCGCUUGGCGCUGCUCCACAAAGACACCCGGCUCAGUUCGGGGAAGCUGCAGGAGUUUGGCGUGGGGGAUGGCAGCAAGCUGACUUUGGUGCCCACCGUGGAAGCAGGCCUCAUGUCCCAGGCCUCGAGGCCGGAGCAGUCUGUCAUGCAAGCCCUAGAGAGCCUCACCGAGACCCAGCCCUCAGCGGUGCCUGGGCCGGGCCGGGCUGGCGGAGGCGGCUUCCGGAAAUACAGAUUCAUUUUAUUUAAGCGUCCGUGGCACCGACAGGGACCCCAGAGCCCAGAGAGGGGCGGCGAGAGGCCCCAGGUCAGUGACUUCUUGUCUGGUCGCUCACCACUGACCCUGGCUCUCCGCGUGGGGGACCACAUGAUGUUCGUCCAGCUGCAGUUGGCUGCCCAGCACGCCCCCCUGCAACAUAGGCAUGUGCUCGCCGCUGCUGCCGCCGCCGCCGCCCGUGGAGACCCCAGCUUAGCCACCCCGGUGUCCUCUUCCUGCCGGCCAGUGUCCAGUGCUGCCCGUGUCCCCCCAGUGCCCACCAGCCCUCCUACAUCCCCCUCACCUGUCACAGCUGGCUCCUUCCGAUCCCACGCAGCCUCCACCUGCCCUGAGCAGAUGGAUUGCUCCCCUGCUGCCAGCAGCAGUGUCAGCCCUGGGGCCAGCACUGCGUCCACCCCAGGGGGCAGCCCUACUCCCCGAUCCCGUAAACCCGGCGCCGUCAUUGAGAGCUUCGUGAACCAUGCCCCAGGGGUCUUCUCAGGGACCUUCUCUGGCACGCUGCAUCCCAACUGCCAGGACAGCAGUGGGCGGCCACGGCGGGACAUCGGCACCAUCCUGCAGAUCCUCAAUGACCUCCUGAGCGCCACAAGGCACUACCAGGGCAUGCCCCCCUCGCUGACCCAGCUCCGCUGCCACGCCCAGUGCUCGCCUGCCUCGCCAGCCCCCGACCUCGCCCCUAAAACUACCUCCUGCGAGAAGCUGGCAGCAGUGCCCCCGGCCUCCCUGCUGCAGGGUCAGAGCCAGAUCCGCAUGUGCAAGCCCCCUGGGGACCGACUCCGGCAGACUGAGAACCGAGCCACGCGCUGCAAGGUGGAGCGGCUGCAGCUCCUGCUGCAGCAGAAGAGGCUGCGCAGGAAGGCCCGGCGGGAUGCCCGUGGCCCCUACCACUGGCCACCCACCCGGAAGGCCGGACGCAGUGACAGCAGCAGCAGUGCAGGAGGCGGCAGCACUGGCGAGGCUGCGGGCCUGGGCCUCGACUUUGAGGACUCGGUGUGGAAGCCAGAGGUCAACCCUGACAUCCAGUCGGAGUUCGUGGUGGCCUAGGAUCUGGCACCCUCGCCCUGUGGCCUUGCCCGGGCAUCCCAGACACCCAGAGCCACAGCUCGGCUCUGGAGGGCAGGCGGCCACCUCCCCGCCCACCCCCAGCCUUUCUUUUUCACAGCCUCACCCUGAUCGCACCUCCUGCUUCUCUCCCAUGCCCACCUCUUCCUCCUUCGCCAUCCCCAGCCUCUCUGCUGGGUCCUCCCCUCCCACCUUCCCCAGCUCCAAAUCUGUAGCAGCCUUUCCAGAUGGCUGAGAGAGGGAGACGAGGAAGCCGCCCCCACCCCUUCCGCUCUGCCUUCCUCCCCUCCCACCCUCACCUCCCCCCACCCUAUUCAGGUUUAAGUCAAAAAAGUAGAUGCCUCAUUAUGCACUUUACAGAUGAGGGGAGGGGCUGUGGAGAGGAGAGUCCAUCCCACCCCCACUGCAGACUCUGGCCUCCACCCCGGGCCAGCAGGACCCAGACAGACGGGACCCAGUGUCCCGGGGAGCGAAGCCACAGGGGACUGUCUCUCUUCCACCUCUGCCCUUUUCCUCUUGGUCUUUCUCCAUGUGAAGCUGGUUCAGCAUGGGUCUGGCCAGGGGCUGUGCUGGGUCUGGGCCGGGCCUCAGACUCUUUCCUGGCUGGAGAGCAGACCAGGAAGAGCCCACCCGCCCGCUCCAGUCACUGGCCACAGCUGUGCUGUUCUGCCCCACCCCUUUCCCUGACCUCCCUCCUGAGCUUGGGGACUAUUUAUAGACUAUUAAUUUUCUGACUGAGCCAAUAGUGGUUGGGAGCUUGAAGAACUGGGAGAGAAAUGGUGGUGGGUGGGGGGCACCCCCACACCUUCCUUCCAGCCCAACCUGAGGGAUGUGGGACUGUGGACUGCUGGGGCCUCUCCUGCCCAGCAUGGGGAGGGGGUGCUGAGCUGUGAAUGCCCUGAUGGGGGCAAGUGUAGCAUUAACCCCCCUGGGGUCCGCUGCUGGUCUAACUGGGACCCUCCCCACUCAGCGCCCAGGCCCUGCGGGUCUCUGGCCCUAGGGACUGAGGGAGAAACCCCUUGCUGGGGCCAUUUCAGAGGGGGUGGAUUUUUGUUUUUCCCACACUUUUUAUUUUUUUAAUGACAGGGUGUUUUGGCCCUGCUGCCCCCACCUGUCAGUCUAGUCCUGGCCGCCUGUCCCCCCUUGUUCUGUAGGUGAGACCCCAGGUCCUUGUCCCUUCCUGUGUUCCAAGUUAAUGGUUUCAGAUGUGAACAUCACGUGUUAACUGUAGCUGUAAAUUUUUUUGUGGGGGGUGGGUGGGUAGGGAGGGGUCCCAGAGGGUAGAGGUCAAGGAUUUGGUUUGUUUUUAUUUUUGUUUUUUCCAAAAAAAGAAAAAAGAAAAAAAGAGGAGAAGGGAGGGGUACAUUUUGUUUUUUGAAGAACUGUCUUGGAUACCUAUUUAAAUGUGUGUUCUGUUUUGUUUUUUAACAAUUUUUAAAUAACGUCUGUGCCUCUGCGGGUCUGAGGGUGAAGGCCCCAGGCAGGAAAUGGCCCAUACCCUGUGCCCUCCCAGGGCCCCCCAAGCAAGCAUUACCUGCCCUGGAGAUGGGGCUGUGGGGGUGCCGCCCCACGUGAGUCUCCUGUAUGAAACAAAUUGAAAAGACCUGCACAAGCACCGGGACUUCAAGUAAUAAACAGAA